AUGUUCGAAAAAAUCUGGGACGCCCACGUGGUUCACGAAGAGCCGGGCCAGCCCUCACUCAUCUACGUCGACCUGCACCUUGUGCAUGAAGUCACUUCGCCGCAGGCAUUCGACGGUCUGCGCAUGGCCGGCCGCCAGGUGCGCCGCCCGGACCUCACCGUGGCCACCGCCGACCACAACACCCCAACAUGGGAACUCACCCGUCCCAUCGAAGACCAGAUUUCCAAGGCGCAGUUGGACGCCUUGGACCGCAACGCCGCCGAGUUCGGACUGCCCUUUUAUUACGACCGCUUCAGCGAGAACCAGGGCAUCGUCCACAUCAUCGGACCCGACCUCGGCUACACACUCCCCGGCAAGACCGUCGUUUGUGGCGACAGCCACACCUCGACCCACGGCGCGCUGGGCUGCUUCGCCGUCGGCAUCGGCACUUCCGAGGUCGAGCACGUCCUCGCCACCCAGACCCUGCGCCAGUUCAAGCCUCGCACCAUGGAGGUGCGCGUUGAUGGCGAGCUGCCCAACGGCGUGUCCGCCAAGGACGUGAUCCUGGGCAUCAUCGGCCAGAUCGGCGUCAACGGCGGAACCGGCCACGUCAUCGAGUACACCGGCGAGGCCAUCCGCGGCCUGUCGAUGGACGGCCGCAUGACCGUGUGCAACAUGAGCAUCGAGGCCGGCGCCCGCGCCGGCAUGAUCGCCCCCGACGACACCACCUUCUGA